GCGCCCAUCUGACAUCAGGGGCGUUCGCGAAAAUGCUGUUCCUUACGUUAUUAUCGUGGAUUUCUAGUGUGUUCCAAAUUUUCGUCCUCGUUUUCUGCUUAGCAUGCGGACUCUAUUACCUAGCGGAAUUGGUUGAGGAGUUCACGGCGGCCACCGCGCGCGUCAUUCGAUGCUUGAUAUUGAUAGUCAUCACGAUCCAUAUCGGCUUCGUGGUGUUUGAGAACUUCCCGUUGUGGAUGAUGGUGUGUGGUCUUUUGGAUCAGGGGUCCCAUCUCCUGGUACUCAAAACAUUCCCCUUAGUCGAUGUCACCUCCCCAUCCUUCAUCGCAGGUCUCGUUCUGCUCGUGUACAAUCACUACCAGGCAUUCUCAUACUUUGGUGCUAACUAUCAUCCGAUGUCCGAAGUGCUCGCCUAUUUCAUACUCUGUUUGUGGAUAGUGCCAUGCGCGUUCCUCGUCUCGCUCUCUGCGAACGACUCAAUCCUGCCUACGACGGCGGAACGGACGCUCUUAGUCGACAAUGGCGACUCGUUCACUUCCUCGUCGUACUUCUCGAAUCGGGGACCCCUGCGAAAAUACAAUCUCCUCGGCCUGUUCAAGUCAGCCAGGGAAUCCGUGCUACCACAGCGAGUCAAACGCGCGUUCUAGGUGAAUGAUAAUGAUAUCACAUCAGAGAGAAAUCAGAGGCAUCAUUCUCCUGGAGAAUUAUUGGAGACGGAGGCGGAGGUCUUUCGAUUCGUCUCCUAGAAUGUUUCCUGUUGGAUGGGUCGAGCGCUGAAUCGCUCGAUCGUAUCAUGAUAUAGUGAGCUGAGAGCUGCGAAUUCUCCAAACCAGAUUCGAUGAUCUGCUUCCUUGUCGAUGGCU